GGAGAAAUGCGGGCUCAUAAACUCCAUCAUGGCGGCCAAGUUUGAAUAAUCUUGGACAAUUUAAAUACCAAGAUCAAGCCAACGAAAGCCUUUGAAAAUGGAUCGAAGAGACCAGUACAAAACUUUAGGUGUUAGUGUGGAGUCUCAGAGAAGUAAACGACGUGACCAGGAGGCAGAAAUUCGGAAAGAGAAACGCGAGAAGUUGUUGAGUGCAAAACGAGUUCGUUUCUCUGAAGUUGAAAGUGAUUGCGAAGUUGAAGACUUUACGACAGAACAAGUUCAAGAAUUAGCCAGGGUGAUACAAAAAUCAAACGAGAGCAAUCUGAAAAACCUAAAAAGUCUAAGGAAAGCGUUUGCACAAGGAAGUGAAUUAAUAAGCGUUUUUCUUGGAGUCGAAAACAGUGUGAGGGCUUUAGUCGGACACUUGACCGGGAACAACUCACAGUUACAGCAUGAAGCUGCUUGGUGCAUCACGAACUUGGCAACAGGCGCUCAUGAAGAUACUAUGAAAGUACUAAAAGCAUCCGCUGCUUAUCUUAUCACAUAUCUUAGCGGACAAAAUGUUCAACUGCAAGAUCAGUGUGCCUGGGCUUUGGGAAAUUUUUCUGGCGAUUCUCAGGAAUGUAGGGACAUUCUGCGAGCGCAGGGGAUCAUUGUACCAAUGGUUAAUCUCUUAAAGUCACCAAUAUCCACUGUAGUGCAGUCAGCAGCAUUUGCUCUAUCCAACCUAGCCAGGGGAGAACAGGGUGUCGCUGAAGAACUGUUACAAGCAGGGAUAGCACCUCUGAUCAUUAGCCUCCUUACUCCUGGAAACAGCUCCACUGAUGUUGCUUCAGAAGUAGCUUGGGUAUUGUCAUACUUGACAUCCAAACCUAUCUGUGUGCCUCUAUUAGUAUCAGGAGGAGUUACCAAUAUUCUUGUUGAAUCCUUGAGUUUGCUGGCACAGCAAACUGAACUUGAUAGCCAAGCUGUGACACCAAUGUUACGAAGCUUAGGUAACAUUGUUAGUGGACCUGAUGAAUAUGGAAUACAAGCAAUGCAGAGUGGAAAACUGGUUGGUGCAAUGAAAUCGUUUCUCCAAUCAGUUCACAGGCAUAUAAAGAAGGAGAGUCUGUGGGUACUGUCCAAUUUGACUGCAGGACCAACAGAACACAUUGAUGUGUUAGUUCAAGGAGGAAUAUUACCACUUGUUAUGGAUCUGAUGUCAUCAACUUAUGAUAUUAAGAAAGAGGCUGCUAUUUGCUUGUGCAAUGUUGCACAUCAUGGUCCUGAAUACUUGAAGAGUGUUUUAGAUGUUGGAGCCAUGGAAUCAUUCAUCAACAUUAUGAAAUCUCCAGACCAAGACACUGUUAUUACUGGUCUUCAGUUUGUUGAGAUGUCUCUGAGAAAUUUCCCUGCAUCUAAAGACUUGUUUGAAGCUGGUGAGGGCGUUGCUUGUUUAGAAGCUUUGGAAUACAACUGUAAUGAAACAAUUUGUCAGUACGCAAAUGAGCUUCUUGAUACUUAUUUCAUGGAGGAAGGGCCUGAGGAGGGGGACUUUGGUGGGGAAGCAGAGAAUAGCGAAAAUGAUGUGUUGUCAUGGAGAUGCCAAGACAGUGAGAUGACAUCAUAGUGUGAUCUACACUUUUCGGAUAAGUUUUUAAUGCACAUUUCUUGGAGAAGGUUACUUUUCACCAAAGAGAUAUUCAGACAUGAAGCCCAAAAAGAAAAAUUGGGCUCUCUGAUUAUCAAAGGUAGCAGAGGUUGAGUACAAUUGCAGUUCAAUUUUUGUUAACUCUUUAACAAGUUACCAAGACUAAAUUUUUUUCUAACAAUAUAAAAACAAAAUCAAGCAGACAAGUGAUGAGAAUGAAGAAUACUACAAUCAAAGAGGAUUCUUUGCUGAUCCAAUAUCAAUUUAUCCAAACUAAUUCCACAAGAAUUGCAUGAGAAUAAACAAAAAUGCCAUCAGUUUAACCUGUAAACAGGCUUUAGCAUUUGCGUUUUGCUCACAGCUCCUAUUCUGAACACAGCCACCAAUUACAUCAUCAGCAGCCACUUAUGGAGAACAUUAUGGAAACCCCUUUUUUGUUUAACAUAUAUAUAUUCAUAAUGGAGAUGCUGUUUCAUCUUGAGAGAAAUUACACCACUGUUUUCCUUUUCACAUUGAAGAAUAUACAGUAUUAGUAUAUACCACACAGGUGAAUAUAAUUUUUUUUGGCACACAUGAUUGGCUACUUUGGAAGUAAAUAGCAGGUACUUUUCACCUCCAAGCAGUGGAUGAGAUGAAAUCGUGCAUCAGGAGUUUACUUUCUGACCAUUUUGCAGUAUAUUGAAAGCAAGAUAAAUUUUGGUAUUUGUAUGGUAUAUACUAAAACAGUUUUUUACCUUGCUGUCAGUGAAAGUGGUUGAUAUUUAAUAACCUCACCACUUCAUGGCUUGAUAAAUAUCCAACAUGAUAUAUUGGAUAUUUGCCCUUUUGACUUUUUUCUUGACAACUGCCCACGUUCAAAAUGUUGGAUGAUAUGUUGGAUGAUAUCCAUGAUAGUAAAGAUUAAUAGAUCAAAGAGGUGGAAAUGAAGUGUGUUCUUAAGUUAGUAGUCUUUUCUCAUCUUUUCUAAUUUUUAAUUUUGACAUAAUUUACCUUUUUUCAACAACUAAGAAAAACUGUGCUCAAUUUUUUAACAUAGAAUGUUGCUAACAAAAUAUUCUGGCUAUGGUUACUCCUUUUAGAACCUAGUGAAUUAUUAAUUAAAUUUCGAAAGCUAUUUUGAAUUAAUUAACAAUCUUUGUUUAGCUCACUCUUUGUAAGUGUCUUUUGUUGUUCUUUCCUCAUUCUGGAUCCAUCUUGUGUAUUUUGAUAGUCAUCAUUCUCAAGCUUUUAUUUUCAUUGACAGAUGUGUAUGGGUAAAGCCAAAUCAAUUUUCAGCAACAGAUGUUCCCUGCCAACUUUACGUUUAGUGUGCAGACGGAACAAUAAAAUAUUUAAUCAGUUGUUCGCUGACAAGACCUUUUGUUCAAAAUUUGAAAUGCCAGUUUUUGAACGUGGGCAGUUGUCAAGAAAAAAGUCAAAAGGGCAAAAUUUGCUAAGUGUGGACGACUCCACGAGAAGACUUGAUAGAGAAAUUAUUAAGGGUUUGGAUUUAGGAAAAUAAAUUGUCACCAUCUUUUUCUCGGGA